AUGGGUCUAGCAUCUCAUUUCUCCUCUAGUAAGGAGUCUGAUAUCAAGGAAGACAACAACAUCUAUGAAUAUGAUUCUGCUUCUGAGGACUUCAGAGUGGUUGCCUUGGAUAAGAACAAGAAAGAAAUCGGGGUAGUCUCUGCUACUUUCCUUAUUUUCAAUCGUAUUUUAGGGGCCGGUGUGUUCGCUACUGGAUCAAGCAUUUAUAAUCUUUCUGGAUCAGUGGGUACUUCCCUUUUAAUGUGGACUGCGGGUGCCAUUAUCGCCUUCACAGGAUUAUUGACUUAUAUGGAAUUGGGUACAGCCAUUCCAAAAAAUGGUGGUGAAAAGAACUACUUGGAGUACAUUUAUAAGAAACCAAAGUUUAUGGUAACCGCCAUGUAUGGUUCAUAUGCCUUCUUCCUUGGAUGGGCUGCUGGUAAUUCAGUUGUCGUCGGAGAAUACUUGUUGAAUGCUGCUGAUACUAAAGUUACCCAAUGGAACUCCAGAGCCAUCGGGUUAGGAGUCAUUACUUUUGCAUUCCUUAUCAAUGCUAUUCAUGUGAAGACUGGUUUAUUCUUAGCUAACGUCUUGGGUGUGUUUAAACUUGCCAUUGUGUUGAUCAUUACCGUUACUGGCUGGGUCGCGUUGGGUGGAGGUAUCAAAACUAAGAAUUUCAAACCAACUAAUAACUUUACAAAUGCAUUUGACGGUGCUUCCCCAAGUGGAUUUGGAGUGGUCAAUGCCUUAUAUAAUGUUAUCUGGUCUUUCAUUGGUUAUUCCAAUGCCAACUAUGCGUUAGGUGAAGCUAAGAACCCAAACAAAAUUUUAAAAGUUGCUGCUCCAGUUGCCUUCCUUUCGUUAACUAUCAUUUAUAUGUUUGUUAACAUUGCUUAUUUUGCCGUUGUUCCAAAGGAAGAGAUUGCAGGUUCUGGUCGUAUUUUGGCUGCUUCGUUCUUCAAAUAUGCCUUUGGCGAUUCAGCUGAAAAGGCUGCUUCAAUUUUUGUUGCCUUAUCUGCUUUGGGCAAUGUCAUUGUGGUUAUCUUUUCUCAAGGUAGAAUUGUCCAGGCUUUGGGUCGUGAAGGUUCUUUACCUUUAUCAAGAUUAUGGGGUACUUCUAAACCUUUCAACACUCCUUUCUUUGGCUUAAUGCAACAUUGGCUUGUUUGUAUUGUAACCAUUGUUGCUCCUCCUCCAGGUGAUGCUUAUACCUUUAUUAUGAACUUGAUUUCUUAUCCAUUAAAUGUGGUUAACAUUGCCGUGGGUGCUGGUUUAUUGUAUAUCCACUACCAAAAGUUUAAAGGAAGAAAGGAAUGGAAUCCUCCAUUCAGUGCUACUGUUCCAGUUAUUGCGUUCUUCACUCUUUCAUCUUUAUACUUGGUUAUUGCUCCUUAUAUUCCUCCUACAGGUGGUCAAAAAGUUUAUACAAAUUUACCUUAUUGGAUCCACCCCGUGGUUACUUGGGGUAUUUUCGGUGUUGGUGUUGUCUACUGGUUUGUGUGGACCCGAGUAUUACCAAGACUUGGAGGCUACGAGUUGGAAGCUAAAGAAGUCUUGGGUGAAGAUGGGUUCUGGAGAAACAAAUUUAUCAAGGUUAAGAAGACUUGA